CAGCGGCUCUUCCGACACACCUCCUCGAAUUUUCCUUCGUUCCCCACUGACCUUGUUCUUCCUCUCUCUCUCUCUCUCUCAAAAAAAAAAAACAAAAAACAAAAAAACAAAAAAAAACGCACCCUUUUACUAUUCCCCAAGCCCCAAUACUCUCGCCCUCUCCUUCCGUUUACUUCGCCAUUGAAGCGCUCCGAGUCCGAGGAGAGAAGAAUAGGAACGGUCGCGUUUCGCGCUGCGUAACGACGCCCCAUUCUCUAUGAAGGCGAUGUGGUGAUCGUUGUUUUGGGUUUUGGGGAUUUUUGCGUUGUUUUGUUGUCGACUUGUGUCGAUUUUGGGGAUUGAGAUGAAUGGGGGAGGCGAGGAGACGGGGUUCGAGGUGGCGAUCGUUGUCCCGAAGAGGAGCGAGAGGGAGAGGGAUGAGAGCUCCGGUGAUUGUGUGGAGUUCCUUGUUCGCGAAUUGGAGAAAGCCGGGUUGAUCGUGGAAAGAUUUCGUGGUGUUCCAGCCGAGUUCAUUAAGGUGGCAGCACCACUUGAAACUUUGGGAAGAGCUGCUGCUGAUUUGCAAAUGAAGAAAUUGACCUACAUUGGGAUGGAAUUACAGUUUGACUGGGAUCAGGUUGCAGCAUUCGUCAGACAGCCAGAUGGAUCUUUGUUUAGCUGGUGUGAGCGGUUUAACUGUUUUCGCUAUUUGAUUUAUGGGAUUGUGAACAGGACAAACACUGAGUUAACAUUGAAAUUUGAUGAUAAAGAGUUCCUUUAUGAGAGAAAUGAGUCAUUACUAGGAAAGAUGGAAGCUGUAGGAAUUGUCAAACAAGUCUUCCCUUUGCAUGAUGAAGUUAGGAGGAAACAACUUUUGGGGAAUUGGGCUCUUAACUGGUUGGACUUCACAUGGCAGCCAAUAGAUGAAAUUUACUCAUACUUCGGGACCAAGAUUGCAACAUAUUUUGCUUUCCUUGGUAUGUACACACGCUGGCUGUUUUUCCCUGCUGUAUUUGGACUUGCUAUGCAGAUUAUUGAUUUUGGACCAUUGCAGUUAUUGGUUCUUCCUGCUUUCUUCGUUUUUGUUAUUUCAUGGGCUGUGUUUUUCUUCCAAUUUUGGAAGCGAAAGAAUUCAGCACUUCUAGCCAGAUGGGGUAUCAAUUAUUCACUAUCUGAAUAUAAGGCUAUUGACACUCAAAUGAGCUCUUUAACUCAAAAGACGGAUUGGGAAAAGAAAUGUGACACUAAUAGGCUGGUAGAGAAGACAAGAUUGCAAAGAGAUGAGUGGCUUGACCUUCUUCUGAGAUUUAGAAACAAUGCCAUCGUUAUCUUGGCUAUAAUUUGUCUCCAGCUGCCAUUUGAAUUGGCGUAUGCUCAUUUAUAUGAGAUUACAGAAACUGAGGUGUUGAGGUAUUUGCUCACAGCAGUUUAUCUUUUUGCAAUUAAUUAUUACACGAGAAUUGGUGGCAAAGUGUCUGCCAUUCUCAUCAAAUGUGAAAACAACCAAGGCGAGGAAUCUAGUGCUGCAAGUUUGGUCUAUAAGGUAUUUGGCCUUUAUUUUGUGCAAUCAUAUAUUGGGUUGUUCUAUCAUGCCCUAUUGCACCGUAACAUUUCAACUCUUCGUCAAGUCCUGAUCCAGCGUCUAAUUGUUUCUCAGGUACUGGAAAAUCUGAUAGAGAAUUCCAUCCCCUAUCUCAAGUACAGCUAUAAAAAAUACAAAGCUGUUCACAAGAAAAAGCAUGAAAAAGGGUUGACACCGGAAAAGUCAGUUCGCUUGUUUACUAGGGUGGAGAAAGAGUUUCUGAAACCUUCUUAUACUGCAAGUAUCGGAGAUGAGCUUGAAGAUGGCUUAUUUGAUGAUUUUCUCGAGUUGGCUCUUCAGUUUGGGAUGAUUAUGAUGUUCGCUUGCGCAUUUCCUCUCAUAUUUUGCUUCGCUACUCUGAACAAUAUCACAGAGAUAAGAGCAGAUGCACUUAAGCUGCUUGUAAUGUUGCGGAGGCCUGUUCCUCGUGCCGCUGCGACAAUUGGAGCUUGGUUGAACAUAUUUCAGUUCCUAGUAGUAAUGGCAAUCUGCACCAACUGCUUACUGCUCGUUUACUUGUAUGAUCAAGAGGGUAAAUGGAAAAUUGAGCCCGGUCUCGCGUCCAUCCUUAUAAUGGAGCAUGUUCUCCUACUCAUCAAAUUUGGGUUCUCCCACUUUGUUCCUGAGGAGCCUGCAUGGGUGAGAGCGCAUCGUGUGAGAAAUGUGGCACAGGCUCGAGACGCAUGCUCCAAGCAACUCUUGAGGAGCAUUUCCACUUUGGACAGGAAAUGGGACUGAGGAGACACUGAGUUUUUUUUUUUUUUUUUUUCCCCUGAAAAUAGCUCACUACAGAAUAUCAGUUGUGUAUUGCCUGUGGAUAAGUAGUCACGGGCACCACCAGUUUUGUAGGUAAGGUAUAAGAACUAGUGGAGUGCAUUCCCACUUCCCUUGUUUUUUCUGAAGUGUAUUUAGUUGUGUGAGGUGGCGUGUAGUGUAAAUGUGAAGAGGAGUUUCUCUCUGUAAUGUGGAGUACGUCACAUGAAUAGGUGAACUGAUAUUAUAUUUACGCACGAAAUAGAAUUUUGUAGGGUACAACAUCGAAUGUUUCACACCAUGAUAUGUAGUUGCUUACUUAGCAACAUACACGCCAUCAGCAGAGGUCAGGUUAUCAUGUUACUCAUGAUCUGCAUUGAACUCAGCGACUUCACGUAUUUCGUUUCAUUAGGGGGCAUUUUACCACCCCUGUUAAGAUAA